UUUGUGCCCCGUGGCUGAGCUCUGGCGUUCCCUCUUCUGGGAGUCUGUCACCUAGCCUGUCUGGAUACGCUUCCUUAGCAACGGGUUGCCCUGGGAAACCGGAGGACGCGAGCGAGGGCCGGUUGCCGGCUAGCUCUUAGCCCUUGCUUGCUGUCCGAGGCGCGGGCGAGCCAUGUCGGAGAGCCUCUGCCAGUGGCUCAAUCAGGAGUUGAAGGUGUCCCGGACCGUGAAUCCCAAGUCAUUUGCAAAGGCGUUUUCCAGUGGCUAUCUGAUUGGAGAAGUUCUGCACAAAUUUGAACUUCAGGAUGAUUUUUCAGAAUUUUCAGACAGCAGGAUUUCAACAGCCAGACUUAAUAAUUUUUCCCGCUUGGAGCCAACACUUCACCUUCUCAGUGUGCAGUUUGAUAAGAAUAUGGUCCAAAGCAUCAUUACAGAAAAGCCCGGAGCAGCAACAAAACUCCUAUAUCAAUUGUACAUUGCUCUUCAGAAAAAGAAGAAAAGUGGGCUGACUGGAGUACAAAUACCAACCACACAGCCUCUGGCAAGUUUAAAAUUUCAAAACAUGAAAAGCGAGGCUUCCCGAGAGCAACGCUUAAACCGAAGACGACAAAAUGAAAUAAUGGCCAAAAUCCAAGCAGCUAUCAUACAAAUUCCUAAACCUGCAUCAAAUAGAACUUUGAAAGCACUCGAGGCCCAAAAAAUGAUGAAAAAGCAACAGGAGGCAGCGGAUGUCGCUGAUGAGAUUAUGAAGUUUGAAGCAUUAAUAGAAAAGGAUCUCCAGGCAAAAGAAAGUGCAUUCCGGACUGGUUUAGAUACAGCAGACCAUACAACUACCGACCUGUUAAACACUUACUCAGAUGAUGACUACAUUAAAAAAAUCCAGAAGCGCCUAGAAGAAGAUGCUUUUGCCCGAGAACAAAGGGAGAAAAGACGGCGGAGGUUGUUAAUGGACCAGUUAAUCGCCCAUGAAGCACAGGAGGAGGCUUACCGUGAGGAGCAGCUGAUCCACAGGCUCAUGCGACAGUCCCAACAAGAGCGCAGAAUUGCUGUGCAGCUCAUGCACGUUCGCCAUGAGAAGGAGGUUUUACGGCAAAAUAGGAUUUUCAGAGAAAAACAAUAUGAGGAAAGACGACUUAAAGAUUUCCAGGAUGCUCUUGAUCGAGAAGCGGCUUUGGCAAAACAAGCCAAGAUUGAUUUUGAAGAGCAAAUCCUCAGAGAGAAAGAAGUUCAUGAAAAGAUUGCUGUGGAAAGAGUUCAGGCUCGUUAUACAAAGCAUUAUAAAAUAUGUGGAGAAAUUUUGGAUCAAAUACUUGACUUGUCCACUAAAGUGGCAGACUAUCGAAUGUUGACAAAUAAUCUGAUUCCACUUAAGAUGAUGCGUGAUUGGAAGGAAUUGUUUUUUCAUGGAAAGCCUAUAUAUGAACAAACCUCUAUUAAGCAUAUGCCUGCUAAUCCCUCUGAAGAACAACUUAGAGAACUGGAUAAAAGAGACUUGCUAGAUAGCAAAGAUUAUGAAGAAUAUAAGAACAUGGUUGGAGAGUGGACUGUACCAGAAGAAAUGGUGGAUAAUUUACCACCCUCCAACAAUUCCAUACUGGGCCACGUGCUUCACAGACUCAUUGAAAAAUCUCUUCCUCCUCAAGCUGAGCCAACAGAGCCCGAAAUGCCUUCAUUUGCUAUUAAAGGAUGCGUACUGGGGAAAACACUUAGUGGGAAAACUAUCACUUUAAAUACUCUACAAAGAGAGUUUCCUAUUCAGGUACUUUGUGUAGACACUCUUGUCCAAGAAGCUAUCCAAGCAUUUUAUGACAAUGAAGAAGUCAGUGGGGACCUACCAAUUCAGAAAGAAGGUGGAAAGUCUCCAUCAGAUCUGCAGAAGGACAGUAAAGAAAGCCAGGACUCACACAACGUAUCUUCAGAUGCUCCAGUUUCAGGUGAAUCAUUACCAGAAACAGAAGGUGAAACAAGAAGUACACAUACAAAUAGAACACCAAAACCUGAAGAAGUCAAAUCAAGUGAUAGUAAUAAUUUCUCUAAACUCACUGUACGCGCUCAGCUUGGUGCAAAAUCACAACAGUUGCUGAAGAAAGGAAAGAGCAUUCCAGACACAUUAUUAGUUAACAUCAUAGUAAAUGCUGUUAAUGAGAUACCUGUGAAUCAAGGAUGGAUCCUUGAUGGUUUUCCAAUGACAUUAAACCAAACACAGCUUCUGGAGGAAGCUCUCAUCGGCUGCAAUAGAAGCCUCAUAGAAAUGGAGACAAAGAAAACACAAAUAUCCACAUUGGCUGUGGAUCCUAUGUCUUCAAAAGAAGUGCCUCUUCCCUCUUCUGCAUUUGAUUUUGUCAUAUUACUAGAUAUUUCAGAUAGUUUCUUGCUGAGUCGCAUGAAUGAUAUCAUAGCUGAAGAAUUUUCACAUGAAAUGGCUCAUAAAGAUAUUGGUCAACAUGGCACUGCUGAAAACCAAGAUAAGCAUGGGUACCAGAACUUAAGAGAUCACAUACAAAAUAGAAUUAUAGGCUUCUUGGACAACUGGCCUUUGUUGGAACAGUGGUUUUCAGAACCAGAAAAUAUUUUGAUAAAAAUUAAUGCUGAAAUAGAUAAAGAGCCUUUAUUCCAAAAACUAAAAGAAAUUUUUGCAACUGAGAUAGUGAAGAAAAGGAAUAAAGUUGAAAAGAAAUUAGAAGAAAAGGAAGCUGAGAAGAAAGCCAUAGCUUCCCUGGCUGAGUCUCUGCCUCUACCCCCUCCUCCUCCUGAGCCAGAAAAAGAGAAGGAAAUUCAGGCUCAGCACAAGCAGGAGCCUUCAAAAACUCCUCCUGCCAAAGGAAAACCACAAUCAGAAACCCCACAUGAUAAACAAGAACCUCUUCAUGAAGGAAAAGGAAAGAAAGGUUCUCAUAAGGGAAAAACACCAGGAGGAAAAACACCGAUAAAGAAAUCACCUGCUCAGUCUACAGAAGUGUCACCCACUCCAGUGGGGCCACCACCACCUAAGCCAGGAUCUGAAGAGUGGGUCUAUGUGAGUGAGCCAGUCCCUGAGGAGGUACCUUCAUUUUUAGUACCUUACUGGCAAUUAAUAGAGAAUUCCUACAUAAACACCAUCAAAACAGCACUCAGGCAUCUGAGAGAAGAUCAGCAUAGUGUACUUGCUUACUUAUAUGAGAUUAGAACAAGUUUCCAGGAGCUUCUAAGGGCUCCAGAUUACAAGCAAGAGUUUGUAUCUCAAUGGCAAGCCGAUUUCAACUCUCUUCCUGAUGACCUGUGGGAUGAUGAGGAAACAAAGGCUGAGUUACACCAAAGACUGAAUGAUCUGCGCGAGCGCCUGUGGGACAUUUGUGAUGCCAGGAAGGAAAGGGCAGAGCAAGAGCGGCUGGAUAUCAUUAAGGAGCGCUGGUUUCAAGACUCUCUCCGAAUAACGACGACCCACUUCUCUUCGCUCAUGCAGGCAGAACUGAACUGUUUCCAGGAUACAAAAAGAUUCCUUCAAGAUUAUUACAGGGCAAUGGAAUGCAAAAGCCCUAUAGAGGAUAAUAAGAAAUUUACUCGAGUCACAUUGGUUCAAAUGGAUGCUAAAGAUGUUUCAGAAACCCAGCUUAGAUUUCCUCCUUCAGUUCCUCGAAUAUCCAUUUCUCCAGAAACAGCCAUGCCCAAACCAAAAGUAAAAGCAAUAAUGAAAAACAAGAUCGAUUCCUCACUAGAAAAUAUAGUGUCAAACUUUGAGGCAAAUGAGAACUUAGUCAUGGACACCUGGCAGCAGGCUUCCUCAGCAGUAUCACACAUGGUGGCUGCUGAAAUUCAUCAGAGACUCAUGGAAGAAGAAAAAGGAAACCAGCCAGCAGACUCAAAAGAAAAAUCUCCCCAGAUGGGUGCAAAUAAAAAAGUCAAGAAGGAAAAGGAGGCAACUAAGAAAAAAGAGGCAGACAAAAAAGCAAAAGACAAAUCACCACCUAUAGAAGAAGCCACUUCUGUGAUAGUGACAGCGGAGGAGAUGGCCAAAAUAGAAAGAAAAAAUGAACUGAGCCUCAAAAUAAAGGAAGAACACAUUGCUGCCUUGCAAUUUGAAGAGAAAGCUACACAGUUUCGACUUGAACUGAUAAAGGCAAAAGCAUUGACUGUCCUUGAAGAUGCAGUAAUACAAGUGAUUGAUGUCUAUAAAAUCAUGGAAAAAUGGCUUGGUGAGAGGUAUUUGAAUGAAAUGGCCAGUAUAGAAAAAUUAACUGAAGUAGCUCGCUAUCACAUUGAAACAGCUACAAAAAUUCAGAAGGAGCUUUAUUUAGGCCAAGAAGACUUCUUCAUUAAUGACGAUAUAAAAGUCUUCCCAGACCCUCCUCCACCAACUCGUCCUCUGCCUGUAGAAAAGGAAGAAAAUGGCACCCUGACCAUUGAACAGCUUGGCAAUCUUGGAGAUCAGUUCUUGGACAUAGCCCCUAAAGGCAGGAAUCCUCCAGAUGAUAUAAGUCGAAUCACUGAAAAACGGAAAAGACAAUGGAAAAUUGACCAUUAUCUUCCAAAGACAAACAAUCAAUUUUUGAAAAUUUGGCUUAAAAAAUAUCCAUGGCUUGUAUAUGAUGAGUUAUUAAAUCUUAUGUUCUGUGACCUGUGCCGAAAGCAUGGAGUGAAGUCAGGGGGGAGUCAAGUGAGUUUAUUUUAUGGCACUGACAACUUUAGGACUGAAUUUCUCAAUGCACAUCAUAUCAGCGAGGCUCAUGCUAAAGCUUCGUUAAUGGAAGCAACAAGUAGUUCUCCAGUGAACAGAGCAGCCACUGAACUAACAGUGAGGACAAUGAGCAAAGUUACCUAUGGAAGAGUAGAGAACUUAUUCAGGUCAUGCCAUGCAAUUGCUAAGACUGGACGCCCCCUCAAAGAUUUUAUUUGGAUGUGCAAGUUGGAUGAUAUGAAAGGUGUUGAUAUUGGCCCAGUCUUCAGAACUAACAAAUCAGCAAGGACAUUUACAUAUUUUAUUGCUGAAGUGGAACGAAAAAAUCUGAGAGAAAAACUAGAAAAAACUAAAUUUUUCUCUAUCAUCAGUGAUGGAAUCAUAGAUAAUUUAAUGGAGAAAGCUGAACUUGUCUACGUGCAGUUUGCUCAAGCAGGAAAAGUACAUUGUCAAAUUGUUGGGUUACAGACAAUAGAAAUGAAGGAUUCUGUGACCAUAAAAAAUGCCAUUGAAAAAAUUCUAGAGAUAAAUCUUCAACUUAGGCUGUCAAGUGAAGACUGGGCAAAGAAAUUGGUUGGUUUUGGAAGUGAUGAUGCCUUUGGAAUGCAGGGAGAGAAUGGAGUGUCUCUGCUUCUGAAAGAAAUCCAACCAUGUGUACAAAUUGUGUAUUGCUUUGCACAUCAUCUUGAACUAUCUUACAAGGCAGUGUUCCAGGGCAUUCCUCUGUACAAUGACGUCAAAGAUCUCCUUCACAGCAUUUGUCACUUCUACCACAGCUCUCCUCUUGAUAAGAGUUCUCUGAUAACCGUUUUCAAAAGCCUGCAGCUUCUACCUGUGAUGCCUUCGCAAAUAGAAGACGAGAGGUGGCUUCACGGAUUACAAGAAGCCCUUCAGAACUUUCUCAAGGGAUUUCCUGCAAUUGUCCAGCAACUGCAUUCACUUACGUUGGAGACAGGUGACGGCAGAGGAUCCACCAGUCCACAGAAAGCCAGAGAACUUCUAGAUCGGCUUCUCCAAGCUGAUGUUGUUAAAUUUGCCCAUUUCUUGCUGGAUGUUAUUAAUGUCCUUAGCAUUCUGUCCUGCGUCAGUCAAAACAGAAAUUCCUCAAUUGCUGACAUAUUUGCCACAUUGGAGGCAACACUGGAAAUGCUCCAGAUAUAUCAAACAAGACCAGGGCCAAAAGAAUGCAGGGUAGCUUCAGUCACACACUUUCAUGGUUACUGCCUCAGAGGAAAAGAAAACAUUUCUGCUGUGAGAAACGUGGUUAUAACACAUCUUAUCAAGGGGCUGCAAGGCUGUUUCAGAGAUGCCAGCCCAGAUGUGGUAAAGGCAACCAUGAUUGGAAGCUUUAAAUUGUGGCCCACGAAGAUAAAUCAAGAAUUUGGAGAAAAAGAGGUAUCUAUCCUGACUGAACAUUAUGAACCAGUAUUAGAAGGUGCCAGUGUUAAAAUUGGUGAAGUAGACACUGAAUGGAGCAUGUUAAAAUUAGAAAUUUAUGCCAGAUUUCAGAACAUUAAGAAAUUGACCUGGGAUUUUGUGAAUUCCAUUUACUCCCACAAGUAUCCGAAUAUUCUAACCCUCGUGGACUUGGUGCUAGCCCUCCCAGCAUGUUCAGCUGAAGCGGAACGUGGCUUCAGUCAAAUAAAACGUACCUGGUCACAUUUGCAUGCUAAAGUGAAGGCCGACAGAAUGACAGAUAUCUUGAUCAUUCAGUUGAAUUCUCCAGACAUUAAUAAUUUUGAUCCUAAGAAAGCUAUCCAUUUAUGGAAUACAAGAACAUCAUUUGUACCUGGUGACCCAGGACCGCAUUCAGAUUGCUCAUCAAACUCAGAAACCCAGGAUGAAAGUGAUGAGUGAUGUGACAAAUGUUGACUUCACCAUUGAUCACAGCAAUAAAUCAAAUAAAUAAAUAAAUAAAUAAAUAAAUAAAUAAAAUAUUUUCAAAAACAAUUUACUUAGGGCCAAAUUGAAAGAGUGUUUCUUUUUUAUCUUCAAACAAAAUUUGUAAGUGAAUCUCUUAUUGUGUUAGAUAUGAAAAUCAUACUACUACAUGCUUUGGGCACUUGAGUAACAAGGUCAAACAUUAAAUAGUUUUCAUAUUUCACCUUAAGAUCUUCAAAUAAACGAUUCUUAUGUAAACUGAAAGUUUUGCCUUCGGACACUUUGUUUCCCACUACAGCCAUUAAAAAUGGCUGAAGUAUAUUGCACACUUAGCAGAACUUUUAAAUAUGUUACCUCUUUUUAUGGCUUUAAUAGAUUUUAUUCAUAGUUUCAUCUUGAGAAACAUGACUGACUUAUUCCUAAUUUAUCUGAAAACCAAAGUGGUUUCAUAAAAGGCUCUGCUUGCUGAAAAUUCUACUACCUUGGAAAAUAUUAUCAUCUUUAUAAAAUUAGAUUCUAGUUGUUAUAUCAAAGAAAUAAAAGUUCCUCACUUGCUACCCAAAAUAUUAUCUUUCUAAUCUUGAAAUUGCAUAUUUGGUUUGAACCACUGACAUUCUAAAGGGAUCACUGUAUUUCCCUAGGGGUUAGAGGUUAUGAUGAAGUUCUUGAGGACUUUUAGAAAUGACAAAAACUUAGAUGUAAAACUUUGGGAUGCUGCAUCUCUUUCAUUCUUUUUAUUCUUAAACAAAGAAUAGCUUUUGUAUUCUGGACCUGAAAGACUCCUAGAUAUAUGUUAGCAAUGUCUUCUGACUCUAGAAGAUACCUCUGUUGGGUGGGUGAACUAUACUUUUUUUAAAAAAAAUUCAUUUAUUUUGUUUUCCUAUUUAAUACAUGUGUGUGCAAUUUGAAAUAAGAAACAAAGUAGAUCUCACUUUUAGAUGGGUAAGAUAGAGUAAUGCAUAAGACCAAAACAUUUUAAAGUUUAGUGAUAUUUUAUGAAAUGCUUAGAGAUAUUUUGCAAAUUUAGUGAUUAAAUCAGUGCUUUCAAUCUAAUGAUUUAACAAUUCAAAUCACCCCACUUAUUAUAAAAAGCAAAGAAACACCAAAGCUAAAGGGAAAGAUGAAGAUAAAUUUGUUACCUUGAUUAUAAUGGUGAUCUGCAUUUGAAACACGUUUAUCUUAUAUUUACCAAAACAGUUUACUCUAUGCCGUACUGCACAUAGGAAACUUUAGAGUAAUAUUUUUAAAAAUUCAACCUAUUUUGAAUAAGAAGACUUCAAACUAAAAUGUAUGCCAAUAGUGAAAUCUAUCUUAUGCAAAUGAAUUAUUACUAGGCAAAAAAAAAAAGAGACAUUUGACUCAAAUAAUGGGAAACAAUAAUGAGAAGGCAUCAGAAAAAAUAUUUUUUUACAUUCAAAAUAUCUAAAGAUUACAGUGCUAAAUAAUAUC